AUGCACAUUUUAAGUUUCACUCUUUGUAUAUCUGUCUGGGAUGAGUUGACGCGAUGUCAGUCGGUCUCCACACAACCAGAACUAUGCUGUCAGCUGUUGUUCAAUGUACGUCCCUGUCCCAAACGGUUCCUUGUGUACUACUUGGGGCCAGGGGCCCCAUUUGGGUUAACUAUAAGGAAUAGGCCAGGGGCCCCAUUUGGGUUAACUAUAAGGAAUAGGCCAGGGGCCCCAUUUGGGUUAACUAUAAGGAGUAGGCCAGGGGCCCCAUUUGGGUUAACUAUGAGGAGUAGGCCAGGGGCCCCAUUUGGGUUAACUAUGAGGAGUAGGCCAGGGGCCCCAUUUGGGUUAACUAUAAGGAGUAGGCCAGGGGCCCCAUUUGGGUUAACUAUAAGGAGUAGGCCAGGGGCCCCAUUUGGGUUAACUAUAAGGAGUAGGCCAGGUGCCCCAUUUGGGUUAACUAUAAGGAGUAGGCCAGGGGCCCCAUUUGGGUUAACUGUAAGGAGUAGGCCAGGGGCCCCAUUUGGGUUAACUAUAAGGAGUAGGCCAGGGGCCCCAUUUGGGUUAACUAUACGGAAUAGACCAGGGGCCCCAUUUGGGUUAACUAUAAGGAGUAGGCCAGGGGCCCCAUUUGGGUUAACUAUAAGGAAUAGACCAGGGGCCCCAUUUGUGUUAACUAUAAGGAAUAGACCAGGGGCCCCAUUUGGGUUAACUAUAAGGAAUAGGCCAGGGGCCCCAUUUGGGUUAACUAUAAGGAGUAGGCCAGGGGCCCCAUUUGGGUUAACUAUAAGGAAUAGACCAGGGGCCCCAUUUGGGUUAACUAUAAGGAAUAGGCCAGGGGCCCCAUUUGGGUUAACUAUAAGGAAUAGGCCAGGGGCCCCAUUUGGGUUAACUAUAAGGAAUAGGCCAGGGGCCCCAUUUGGGUUAACUAUAAGGAAUAGGCCAGGGGCCCCAUUUGGGUUAACUAUAAGGAAUAGGCCAGGGGCCCCAUUUGGGUUAACUAUAAGGAAUAGGCCAGGGGCCCCAUUUGGGUUAACUAUAAGGAAUAGGCCAGGGGCCCCAUUUGGGUUAACUAUAAGGAAUAGACCAGGGUGCUACUUGGGACUCAUAUUUUAUAAAAGAGGCAUUAGCUGUGUUUGA